AUGAGGGAGAUAGACUUCAGUCGCGGCGUGCCCCAGGCUGUGCCCAAGCUUGUGCACAAUCUGCGACGAACGGUGCACGAGAUGACCUGGACCUGGCGAUUGAUUUUCCUUGGCAUGAUCUUGGCCGGCAUCUUGCUCGUCUACUACAAGACCAUCCUCGUCUGGGGCACGGUCAACCCGCUCUUCGUCUCCAUGUACACGAUGCCCUACCCUCCGCCCUACAUGAAGCACACCUUCGGAGCCCAAGGCGCCAUCGGGGAGCCGCCCGAGGGGUGGAAGCCCAAAUCGCGCGUCGUGCUCACCCUCACGACCAUGCCUCAUCAUCUGCCGCUGCUUCGCCCCGCGUUGGAUUCGCUGCUGGCCCAAUCGUUGCCUGCGGACAAGAUCUACCUCAACAUCCCGGAGGGCCGCAAUCGGAGGAACAACAUGAGCUAUGAUGAAGAGAUCGCAAAGCACCACAUCGUGUUCCCCACAGGCAUCACUGUCAACCGCUGUCAGGACGUGGGGCCGCUGACCAAGCUGCUGCCUGCCGUGCUGGCCGAGGAGAAAGGCGAUCCCGACACCAUCAUCAUCACCGUAGAUGACGAUCAAGUCUAUCCGCCCGACACCGUCAAGUACCUCGCCUGGUACAUGGAGCACUACUCGGAUACUGCGUUCGGAGUGUGCGGGUGGGGCUUCAUGUGGGUGCCGCCGCCCAUGGGUGUCGUUCCCGUCUAUUUGACGUACAUGCAAAGAGGGCCGGCUGGCACGAUGGUGGACGUAUUGCAAGCGUGCUGCGGUAACGCUUAUCGCGUGUCGUGGUUCGACUCGGCCAAGCUCAAGAACGAUCUGCCUUCUGAGUGCUUCACCACCGAUGACCUGUGGAUUGCGGGCUACCUCUCUGCGCAGGGCGACAUCAAAAAGGCGAUCAUUCCCAAGCGUUUGGAUCCGGACUCGCCGGAGUGGAAGGCGAACGAGCCCAAGAAGUGGCGACUCUCCACCGUCAACACCAACGACAUGAAGGACAUGAAGUGCAUCAACGGCGUCAAGCGAGUCUAUGGCGACUUCAAGACCGUGGCCGACCCACGCACCACCACGAUGGUCAACAAACCACGCCUCUGA